AGGAGGGAGUAUUCAUUACUCGGUUCACUGUCUACCGCGCGCCGUAGGAGAAAAUAGACUCCUGACUCCUUAAAUAAGUCAGAUGUCAGAUACACUCAAUUCACGUCCCGUGUUAGUGAGUGCCUCAGUGGCUGAAAAUUAAGAAGACGCGCGUGCAUUAAUAUUUAUAAAAAUCUUAAUUAAUAUCAAAGUUCGAAUAUUUUGAUGUAUAAUCAUUUUAUAAAAACUACUAUAUAGUGGCAAGUGUUAAGUUGAGGAAAAGUGUUGGAAUUUUUUCGCUUUAUGGGACGUGGCAGAGCAUAAAUCAUGCAGGUUCAUAUCUGGAACUACAUGAUUUUAACUAUAUUCACUGAAUUAGUAUCAUAUACUGUAUCUUCGAUAGAUAUCGAAGAAAACAAUAAUGAACCAAACGACAACGUUGAGUACAUAACAACAACAAAUGAUAAAACCGUAAUUCUUCAGUGUCCAAGAAACGACAGCCGCAUAACAUGGAAAUAUUUAUAUAACAAUGAAGAUUUAAGUGGCGAAAUAAUUAAGAACAACUCUGCUACUUAUGAACUUAAUUCGAAUUCCCACCACAAUAGCAGUCUAUAUGGAUGUUUUCUUAACGAUUCAAUAUUAUUAAAAAAAUUUAAUGUAACUGUUUUCGAAGCUCCCUAUUUCAUAAAAAAAAUGCAAAAGCUAGUAGUUAAGCCUGCUGGCAAUAUGGCUAGAUUAAACUGUAAAGCUGCGGGAGUUCCUUCACCAAAUAUAACUUGGUAUAGAGACGACAAAUCGCCUCCUACUCGAAAACUUGGGGACAUUAAGAUCAAUCAUUGGUCUUUAACAUUGGAAGAUCUGGUUCCUAAUGAUAGAGGAAAUUAUACGUGUCACGUUUGCAAUAUCGUUGGUUGCAUUAAUUUCACUUUCGCUGUAGACGUUGUGGAGAGGUAUCCUUCGAAACCUUAUAUAAAAGAUGGCUAUCCACAAAACCAAACAGUUUUAACUCACACAAACGUUACUUUUGAAUGUCCACAAAUUAUUGUUGAUUUGGAACCGUAUAUUCAGUGGUUUAAAUUAAAUGGUACUGAAAUAUGUGACGAAGAUUUAAGUAAAUCGAAUUGGACAAAAUUAGAACAGAAGAGCGAUGAUGGUAAAAUGAAUGCAGAAAUAUAUGAAAUUCUCAAUGUUACUCACGCUGACGAAGGCUGGUACGCCUGUUUUGCUUCUAAUAGUCUCGGAACUACAGUAUCCAGAGCAUACCUCACGGUAGUUGACGAACAGCCAGUCCUGGAAGAAGAGCCAAGCAGUUCAAGAGCUAAUGUGGGGGUAAUAGUGAUUAUAAUCGGCAUUGUUGCAAUAUUAGUAGUUUUUGUAAUUUCAUGCAUCUGUAUGCAUUAUCGACAAAAAAUUAAACGAGAAAAACGAGAAAAAAUGAUUGCUGUUGAAACAGCCCGUGCUGCUAUUGUUACUCAAUGGACGAAAAAAGUUAUUAUAGAAAAAAUUACCAAUUCUUCGGAAAAUAUUUCAGAGCCUCUGCUCAUGCCAGUUGUUAAAAUAGAAAAACAUAAAUCUCAAAACGCUAAUUGCGAAGAUGGGAUGGUGUCUGAAUAUGAAUUACCUAUGGACUCUGACUGGGAAAUACCAAGAGACUCGCUAAUAUUGGGAAAAACUCUAGGCGAAGGUGCUUUCGGUAGAGUUGUUAAAGCUGAAGCAUCUAACAUAGUUAAAUCUGGAAGUAAAACUAUUGUUGCUGUUAAGAUGUUGAAAGAGGGCCACACCGAUAACGAAAUGAUGGAUUUAGUGUCAGAAAUGGAAAUGAUGAAAAUGAUAGGACGACAUAUAAAUAUAAUAAAUUUAUUAGGUUGUUGUACACAACAAGGUCCAUUAUUCGUAAUAGUAGAAUAUGCUCCUGAUGGAAAUUUAAGAGAUUUUUUAAGACAACAUCGGCCUUCAGCUGGCUAUGAAUUAGCUGUCGGAGAAAAGAAGGAAAAGAAGACAUUAACACAAAAAGAUUUAGUAUCUUUUGCUUAUCAAGUUGCUAGAGGAAUGGAAUAUCUGGCUUCGAGAAGAUGUAUACACAGAGACUUAGCAGCAAGAAAUGUAUUAGUAAGUGAUGAUUAUAUUUUAAAAAUAGCUGAUUUUGGAUUAGCUAGAGAUAUCCACUGCAGUGAUUACUACAGAAAAACGACAGAUGGAAGAUUACCUGUUAAGUGGAUGGCUCCUGAAGCCUUAUUCCACAGAGUUUACACCACACAGUCAGAUGUUUGGUCUUACGGUAUUUUGUUAUGGGAAAUUAUGACAUUAGGUGGUACACCCUAUCCUUCCGUUCCAAGUGUAGAAAAACUGUUUCAGUUGUUACGAAAUGGACACAGAAUGGAGAAACCGCCUUGUUGUUCUUUAGAAAUAUAUAUGUUGAUGCGUGAAUGUUGGAGUUACCAACCAAAUGAACGUCCAGUAUUUUCCGAGUUAGUUGAAGAUUUAGAUAGAAUAUUAACUAUCACUGCAAAUGAAGAAUAUUUGGAUUUGGGUUUGCCUCAGUUAGACACCCCUCCUUCAAGUCAGGAAUCAAGCUGCGAUGAAGACUUUCCAAUUUCUAUUCCACAGCAUCUGCCCUAGUCAAUAAUUUAAAAUAAAAACAUCAAUGGAACUCGAAAAAUUUCAUGAUUUGACAAAGUGCUCCAUACUUUUGUUUAUAUUACCAGUGGUACUACUGUAUUGUAUUCUCAUAUUGAGUAAAAUACGAACAAAAUAUAAAUAAAAUGGUAAAUAAUGGGGUUUACUUAUUGUCGUUAAAAUAUUACUAAAUGUUUUGUAAUUGUUGUAUGGUUUAACAUAUGUAUACUGCAAUCUGUCGUAUAUUGAGUUUUAUAUUUGAUACAUAGUUGUAAUAAUAAUAAUAAUACUGUAAAUCAUACUACAGAAGUUGCGUCGUGUUAAAUGGCAACAUAGAAGAAACAGGAAUUGAAACUGAUUCUGCGGAUUGCAGAGAUGAAUAUAAUCAAGGAAACUAGCAAAUCAUUAGUUAACAAUAGUAAAAAAUACAAACGAUUGAGCAGUUGUUGGUGGAUGGUGCGUACAAUACAAUCUACCCAGCAGAUUUCAUUUUAUGUACAAUAGCUUUUCGGAAACUAUGAUCCUGCAUCAGAUACAUCACCUAUCAGCUGAAUGUGAAUACUUAUCUAGAACUAUAUUUUUAUAAAAGUUUUGGUGAAAAUUUCAAAAACUCAUUAUACAAAAACCUAUUAUUUUAUAGGUUUCCUUUGUUUAUGGACCUUAAUUCAAUUGUCAAUCAAUAGAACCGCAAGAAUCAAUAUUCUGUCGAUUAUGCUGCUCAUAAGAAUUAAUAAAUAUUAAAUUUCAAACAGGUACAAAAGUCGUCGCACUUUCGAGAGACUAUAGCGCAUUUUUUAUCGUUAGCAAUCAUAACAAAAAUCUUAAUUCAUAAAACGAAAUUUUAUCUAUAAUUUCAUUUAUUUAAUAAUUUUUUUCUCAUUAUUUCUUGAUAAUUCUCAUUAUGAUAUGUUUUAUGGAAUGAACAAUAACCCUAAAUGACAUGAAUUGACGUCCAUUGAAGCCAAAUGACGUCUAUUUUUAUGUUGAUCGAUGACUUAUGAUGUCUAUUAAUGUCGAUUCACGUCAAUUCCUGUCAUUUGACCAAUGGAAUCACAUUUUGGUUAAUUUCAUUAAAUUUUUCCUAAAAAUGUCAAAAAUUUCAUUUGUUUCGGCACAUAUACAGCUAUAUAGGAAUUAAGUGCAAAAAACCUGUUCCUUUGAGGACAGACGGACGAACGAACAAAACGUCAGCUUUAACACAUUUAAAUCAAAAUGCGCUAAAAACAUUGCAAAUGAAACAAGAAAAGUUAACCCAAUCAUAAUUUCCGAGAAGCUCCAUAGUGUUACUAUUCUGAUUAGGUGCCUAUUAGACUAAAUUAUUUUCGUCAAAAUAAGAUUCACGACUUUAUUAAGAUUAUAGUUUAUAAAUAAACUUAACUUAACUUCAUAUAAUUUGAAAAUUGUCAAAUAUUCAAUCUAAUUUCAGUAGUUGUUAGUAUUCAUCAAUGUCCAACAAAUCCAUUUACAAUCAAAAAUUAUGGUUUCUAACUACAUAUCUAGUCUCCCCGUGUUUGUUAUUUGUAAUAUGAGCGACAUUAAUUUCAAUACAAAGUGUAGGUAUAUCUUGCUAUUGCAAAUGUUUUUAUGUGGACAGAAAUGUUGAAAAUGUGAGUGCAGUUUCUAAAUAUGUGAUUGGUAAUACAAUACAAGAACACAUUUUCACUUUUUAAACUGAUAGAAAACGUCUAAAAGUAUGUUUAAAGAAUUUUGGGAUUAUAAUGUCUAUAACAUGAUACACCAACACAUUAAAUCUGUGCUAUUAUACAGAGUAAGCGUCAAAUAUGCAGCGCCACAAUUAUUUCGGAAGCGACUUGCAAGAUUUGUAUAAAUUUUAGAUUUUAAGGGUUUUUUAAUCGCAAACUAUAUUUGUGAUGUCAGAUUUUUCAAUUUUCUGGAAAUAUAAUGAUUUUGGCUACUUCGAAUAGACUAUUCUAAUUAUUUUUUGUUCACACAAUUCUUAAAAAAUAAUUUUCGCGUAAUAUUUGCUACUCAAUUGCCAUGUGCAUUAUAGAGAUAAUUCAUUCAAUAUCCUAAUGGAAUUCUCAAGUCUACUGUUAUGAAAUGCUACAGUAAAAUAGAUGUUCGUGUCAAAAUAAAUCCAAGUUUGAGUAGGUAAGCAGAGUAGAAACCUCUUAAAACAUAAAUUAAUACAAGCCAAGAGAUUUUUAAAGUUUUACAAUAUAUUUUCUAACAUCUCCGAAAUUAUGGCAAUUACUUAUAAAUAACAUUACUGAAACAUAUUUCCCAAUAUUUCAAGGUGAUGUUUUUUGAAGAACAGUCUAAUUAUAUUUAUAGAUAAACGAAACAUCUGACAACAAUGUAAAUAACAUAAAAUCGUGUAAGUUGUUUCCGAGAUAAUUGCGGUAUUCCAAACUUAAAAUACUUUAUGUAUGCAUUUUUUGUAAAAUUGAAGUGUGUUAGAAAUUAAUAGUUUAGAGAAUUUUCAGAUAUUUGUAAAUAAAAUGUUUUAAACUGA